AUGUCUCGUUGUGUGAUUGUUCGUGAUGUUUGGGCUGAUAACUUGAGUUUUGAGUUCGGUUUGAUUCGUCGAGUUCUUGAUGAUUAUCCAAACGUGGCAAUGGACACUGAAUUUCCAGGGACGAUCAUCUUCUCCGACAAGCAUUACUCUUGUUUGUCUCCCUCCGACAACUAUUUCCUCAUGAAAUCGAAUGUGGACGCGUUAAACCUCAUACAAGUGGGUCUCACUCUGUCGGACAAUCAAGGCAACCUUCCCGACUUGUACACAGACAGUUGUUACGCGUGGCAAUUCAAUUUCCGAGACUUCGACAUCGAGUCUGAUGAUCUUCGUAACGCGGAUUCGAUCAAGCUGUUAAAGCGGCAAGGAAUUGAUUUCAAGAAAAACAGAGAAGAGGGAAUCGAUUCGAGAGAGUUUGCGAAGAUGCUUUUGUGGUCGGGACUGGUUUACAAAAGGCCGUCGAAGAGAUGGGUGACUUUUCACUGUUAG